CAAUGGGUGAAUUGUUGGAGAGACAGAUGCCGAGACUCAUAGAAUUCCUCCCCUGUCUCCUCCAACGAGUGGCGGAGACGAAUGAUCUCAGCCGUGGGUUCAGGACUCAGAAGAUCUCAGUCUUCCAUGGCCUCACCAGGCCAAGCAUCUCAAUUCAGAGCUAUCUGGAGAGGAUAUUCAAGUAUGCGAAUUGCAGCCCGUCGUGCUUCGUAGUGGCUUACGUUUAUUUGGACAGAUUUGCUCAAAGGCAGCCGAGUUUGCCCAUCAAUUCGUUCAAUGUUCAUAGAUUGCUCAUCACCAGUGUCAUGGUAGCCGCCAAAUUCAUGGAUGACAUGUAUUACAACAAUGCUUAUUAUGGGAAAGUGGGGGGAAUUAGCACAGAAGAGAUGAACUUUCUUGAAGUGGAUUUCUUAUUUGGAUUGGGUUUUCAUUUGAAUGUGACUCCAUCCACUUUCUAUACCUAUUGUUCCUAUCUCCACAAGGAGAUGAUGACUGUGAUGAUGAUUCAGCCUCUGCCGUUUGAUUUAGCAGUUCACGAUAAUGAUGAAGAUGAUCAGAUGUCAUCAUCAUUGAAUGUAGGAAUUAGAUCAAAGAAGCUGCUUCACUGCUUGUGGUUCAGUGAUGAUCAAGACGACGACGACGAUGAAGAUCAGUCGUCUUCCUCCAGCUCCCAUCAACACCAAUUACAGCAGCAACUUGCUGCUGUUUAAUUCAACGUCUCAAUCAUGAUUCAUAAUGCCCAACUUGUAGUUUUUAGCUAGCUAGCUAGGAUUAAUUACUUAUAUUACUAUUAUUACAUGAAUCAUCAUGUCUUUAAUUAGUUUGUCUAGCUAUAAACCUAGCUUCUUUUGCUGUCAUUUUACUAAACUUUGGGUAUUUUGUAUUUGGAAUCAAUUGGUAUGUACAGAUGGGUAGCUUUUCAUCAAUGGCCUCAUAAUGAUGAAUAUAUAAUCUCUCUUAGGUCCCCGAUCUUAUUCUUAUUCGCAGUUUUACCCGUUGUUCUUGCAUUUUUAGUCAAAUGAAUUAAACAUGUUAAUGCUACAUGACAGUUGUAAGGAUUCCAUCCCUAGUGUAUACUGUAUAGUGCAUGUGCCCAACUUGUUUCUCUGUCUUUUACUCUUUAUGUGCACAUUCUUG